AUGGGUUCCUCCAUGAGCACGGCGCAUUCCAUGGAGCACGUCCCGGACGACGCCCUCGGCGAGGUUCUCGUCCGCGUCCCACCUCACCCCGCCACCCUCGCGCGCGCCUCGCUCGCCUGCAAGGGCCUGCACCGCUUCAUCGGCGGUGCCCAGUUCCGCCGCGAUUUCCAGGCGCACCACCACAAGAGCACGCCGCCUCCCCUGCUGGGCUUCUUCCAUGACGACCAAAGCCUCCCCAACAACUUCCUGCCCAUCGGGGACGACGACGGGGACUCGCCGGACCGCGUCUCUGCCGCGGCCUUUGACCCCAAGGACCUCGGCUGGCGCGUGGUGGACAGCCGCCACGGCCGGGUCCUCCUCCAAAGCCCUGACAGGGUCCGCUUCCUCGUCUGGGACCCCGCGGCUGGACGCCGGCUGUACAUCAACGCGCCGCCGGCGAUGCUGCAGCUGCAGCUUGCGGCGGCCAACCACCACUUCAUGCUCCGGUACAACAACGCCGCCGUGGUCUGCGCUGCCGCCCCGGGGCCGGGGCACCUAGACCACAGCGACUGCCACGACUGCCCGUUCAGCGUCGUGCUCGUCGCGACCCCUGACCCCGGAACCACGGUGGCCUACCUCUACUCCUCGGAGCUGGGGCUCUGGAACGAGGUGGCCACCGCCGACCUGUCCAUCAGCUCGUGGUUGCGCAUCAGCGACAGACCGGUCGCUCUGGUGCGGAACGUGCUGUACUGGACACUGGUGCACCAAUCCUCGUGCGUGCAGAGCAGCAUCCUCGCCUUCGACCUGCACACGCACAGGCUGUACCUGAUCGAGCAGCCAGUCUACAUUUUCGACGCCGAGGAAGAAAACGUGCAGGUGAUGGAGACGGCGGAGGACGGCCUGCUAGGGCUGGUCGCGGCGUGUGGCUUGAGUCUCCAGCUCUGGGUGCUGCGUGAGUACAAUGGCCGUGGCACGGAGCGCUGGAGCAUGCCCAGACAGAUUGACAUGUAUGACUUGGCUCUGGCUCCCAUUGGCUCCACACAUCACUUCGACUUGGUCUGGAUCCUCAGUGUGGAAGGCAGCAGGGUCGUUUUCGUGCGCACUGAAGCUGGCAUCUUUGAGGUGGAUCUCUGGAAUGACCUGCUCAAAAGGAGGAUCUGCGAUGCCUACGACAUUCAAGCUUUCUAUCCCUACAAAAGCUUUUACUAUCGAGGUACCUAG